UUUCGUAGCGUGCGGUCGGUGGAGCGAAAUUGCGCGUCAGUAGUUUUCGAUUUUACCGUUACCGUUAAUUCACGCAAAUCUCGUUAAAAGAAAUAAGAAAAAACUACGGUCAAUAUUUGUGCGUGUUUCACGCGUGUGUGUGUGUCCAAUAAAUUGAUCAACAAUUAUUAAUUGUUCCAUAGAAGUGUCAGAAAAGCAAAAAACCCGAAACAACAACAAGAACGACAACAACAACCGUAACUCAAGUCUCUCGCUAAUUGGUGACAUAAUUUUGUAUAACUGGCAAAAGAAAAAGGCGAAAAAAGCCGACAUAUAAUUGAAUUUUAGCUGCGGUCAAGUCCCGAAUGAGACUUGAACUAAUUUGAUGUGAAAAGGUUUAAGUUUGUGUGUUAUUUUUUAUAUGCGCGCUUUGUGCCGUUAAUUGAGGCCACUCGCUAAAUAAUUCAAAUAGCAAUUUAUGUCUAGCCGUGUGUCCACUGUAAUUGUCUCUCGCAAUGUGGCACAGAAAAGCCGCUGAAUGUGAAAUGUGCCGCGUUUGUCGCCUGCUUUGUCUCCUGUUCAUGUUGCUGGGGGCGGCGCUGGGUGCCACGCCCUUUGCCAAGGAAUAUCGAAGCGCGGGCCUGUUCAAAGGCAACACGCUGAUCGACAUGGAACUGGAUGCAGUCACCACACUGGACUUGGGCGCCGAAAAGCUGGAAAAGGGUGGAGCGGGAGGCGGAGCCGGAGAAGGAGAAGGAGCCAAUUCGAAUUAUGUGGAUAAUAUGCUAGGCUUCAAGGCGGAGUCGUCGGUGAUGUUGCCGGGCGUGCAGCUAAAUUCAGGCUGCCCCGUGACGACGAGCUCGCACUGUUUGCGCUGCAACAAGGCGGGCUGCAUCAAGUGUCCACUGUACCUGGUGACGGAUACGCGCCAAUGCGUGGAUGAAUGCCCCGCUGGCUAUCUGGAUCAAUGGUCAGCCCACACCGAGUUCAUGGGUCGCGUCUGUGUGCCCACUGGCUACUCCGGGCCGCUGAUGGCAGCGCUGGCAGGUCUGCUGGGUGGCUUUUUGGUAUGCCUCUCGCUGCUGGCUGUGGCCGUGAUGCUCGUGCGGCGCAAGCGCAGACGCAAGUCUGUCAAACAGAAGCUCAUCAAUGAAAAUACAAUGGAUCGUGCGGAUUUCAUGCGCCAGCUGAACGAGAUGCGGCCCAAUGCAGAGUACUUUCUGGCCAUGCUGAAUGACACGCGUCGACAAAUACGCAAAUUGUAUUUGUCCGGCGAGGUGGCGGCUGCCAACUCGUAUCGACCCAUUGUUCGGGAUCUGGCCAAGCUGCUGAUACUGCUGAACAGGCCGAUCGAACUGAUACCCACGCCGCCGCACGACUGGGCGCGGCUAUAUGCGUGGUCAGAGCACGCUCUGGAGCGCUAUAAGCCGCAGGUGGGCCAGCUGAUUGACUUCUUUCAGACAUCCCAUGCGGGCGGUGCUGGUCCGGAGGUGCUGUAUGCAGCGCCCGCCAAAAAGCCAGGCCACAGCAUCUUAAGGCAACAACAGCAGCAGAAGGCGGGCACGACGCCUAAUCAAAAGCUGGGCACGGACCUGCUGCCAGGGGAUCGAAACAGCAACGCCUCGGCACAGCAAAAGCUGCACUUGUUCGGUUCCCUGAUCAGCCUGCACGAGUUUGAAGAGCCGCGCGCCUCAGAUCCGUUUGGCAGUAGCUUCAAUACGCUGAAGAGCGGCAAUCUCAUCACGGAUCUCAAUGCUAGCUCGCUCUGGCUGGAGGAUGAGUUCUAUAAGCUGGGCUUUCGGCCGCAGGACGAGAUCACGACUGAGCUCUAGUUUUGGCCGCAACAGCAGAGG